GCGAGGCUAUGGCUGCCUGGACGCCAGGCCUGUGAUGGGGUGAUGGGCUGUGUCAAGUCCAAGAACAAGAGUAAGGAUGAAAUAUACACCAAGAAAGAAAUGGAAGGACGCUCCGGUCGCUUCGCCUCGACGCGGAAGUCCAACGAGAGCUUGAUCAUCACGGUGCUGUGGCGGCGGCUGUCCAUGUUCAGCCGUCGGGGCUCCACGCGCAAACAGUCGUCCACGGUGAAGUUUGUGUCGGUUCAGAAGUCUCAGGAGUCCCACAACGACGAAGUGCUGGAGCAGCCGUCGAAGACAGAGCAGGAGCAGCAGCGGCUGGACGACUCAAAGUUGCCCAAACUAAAGGAAGAGGAGGAAAAGCGAUGACCCCGGCGGACCCUUGCCCUGCCCCGCCCCCCGGAGAAGAGAAUAAAUGUAGCGACCUAGA